UUAUAAAUUCAACAUGAAUCCAAUGAAGAUACUUUACAUAUAUUUAAUCAAGUGCAUCAUUAUAAUAGGAUUUUGCCUACCUUUAAUCCAUCCUGCAUCUGCGGCACAUAAACAUGGAGUCAAAGGAAAUAAAGCUCAAAUGAAUGAAAGUAAAUUGGAGGAAAAUACAAUCAAUGCAAAUGGAGCCAUCCCCUGCAGUUAUUGCAAAUAUAAAGUAUAUAUUAUAGCAAUAGCUGCUAUGCUAACAAUUGCAUUGCCAGGAGCAGCUGGAUGGUAUCUCUAUUACAGAAUGAAGAAAAAGAAUGAAAUCAGUGAUGAAGAAAAGGCAAUAGAAGAAUCACAGCCUGAGACCUUUAUAGCCAGAAUGAGUUUGUGGCUCUCCGCACUCAGGCCCCUCUUUGAUAAACUGAUGAAGAUAAUAGGGGAAUUACAACUAAAGACCUAUAUGUCUAAAAUAACGAUAUGGUUAUCUACAAACUGUACUCUAGAGAUGCUCAGCCUUCUCUAUGCUAAACUGAGGAAGAAGAAGACAAUCUAUGAUGAAGAAAAGGCAAUAGAGAAGUCCCAGCCUAAGGCCGCUAAACCUAAAACUACUAAAAGGGAUAAGCCUGGCACAGGCAAAAAGAUGGCCAAGGCUGAUGAGAAACUGAAAGAUGAAACCAGUGUGACAGGAAAGAAAAUAGUCAAGAAGACAAAGAAGAAGAAGAAGGCUCCUGUGACUAAAUCUGUGGGGAAGGCAAUUGAAGUGCCUUCCAUAAAACAAUCUACAGAUAAGCCAGUGAAAUCUGGGCAAAGCCCACAAAUACUAGCAAUUCCUGAAGAGAAAAUAGUCAAGAAGAAAAAGAAGAAGAAGGCUCCUGUGACUAAAUCUGUGGGGAAGGCAAUUGAAGCGCCUUCUAUAAAACAAUCUACAGAUGAGCCAGUAAAAUCUGUGCAAAGCCCACAAAUACUAGCAAUUCCUAAAGAGAAAAUAGUCAAGAAGAAAAAGAAAAAGACGACUCCUGUGACUAAAUCUGUGGGGAAGGCAAUUGAAGUGCCUUCCAUAAAACAAGCUACAGAUGAGCCAGUGAAAUCUGCGCAAAGCCCACAAAUACUAGCAAUUCCUAAAGGGAAAAAAGUGGAGAAGACGAAAAAGAAGGCGGCUCCUGUGACUAAAUCUGUGGGGAAGGCAACUGAAACUCCUUCCAUGAAACAAUGGAAAGAUGAGGAAUCCCCACAAAUACUUGCAAUUAUUAAUGGAAAACUUUGUUACACCAGUAUAGCUAAUUUAUGCAGAGACCCACCAAUGUUUGUACCAGUCUGUAUUUUCGCGGCAGAACAGGGACCUGUGGAACCAGUCGGAAUUUUAUCGACAGAACAGGUACCUGCGGAACCAGCCAGUAUUUUACCGACGGAACAGGAACCUGCAGAACCAGUCAGUAUUUUACUGACGGAACAGGAACCUGCGGAACAAGCCAGUAUUUUAUCGACAGAACAGGGACCUACGGAACCAGUCAGUAUUUUAGCGACGGAACCGGAAUCAUUGGCAGCAGUCAAUGUUUUAUCUACAGAAGAGAUACAUGUUCCAGCAGAAAAAGUUGUAUCUGUGGAACAUGUGGAAUCAGACAUGGUCUCCAUGCAACCAGUUAUUCCAGAGUUUGAACAACCUUUCAUGGAAAGCCAGAAAGAGACUCCUUCUACAUAUAAGAGAAUAACAGUUUUGAGAUGGAUAGAGGAGAUCACAGAUGAUGAAGCAUCUACUGACUAAGUGAAUGAAUUCCAGAAAUAGAUACCUGUGGAUAUUAACCCUAACACGAAAAAUGAAUUCAAAGUUUAGUUGUGGGGGACAAGGACUGGAACGGGGAUGACGCAUCUGAAUGAGGUCCGACUUUAAAGAGAACCUGUCAGGUUAGAAGUUAUUGGUAACUGAAAACUGACAGGUUCUCUUUAAAUGAACAUCCGAGCAGCAAAAUAUCCACAAAUUUCUAUAUCUGCCUCUGAAACGUGUCCCCCGAUGCUGACCCGUUCCCUCCAGUCAGAGAGUGAGGCCUAUCUUGGGCCUGUGAGGAAGUAAGCCUGCUGUCCAACACCAUGGCCAGAAGACUGCAACACCAGCUGUACCACCCAGCAAGCCACGAGUGAGACAGCGAUGGAGGGGUGAAUCCCUCAGGAUCCCCCUGCCCAAUCUGUACCUUAAUGCAACUAUUUUGUCAAACAAAUCUUAACUUGUUAAUCUUAAUUUAACAUUUUUAGUAGGUUUCCUUAGAAUGGAUAUCACUGAUUGCAAUGUUCUGUUGAUCUGGAUCCAUUACCUGAGGAAUGUUACACUAAAAAUGUACUGAGAAUGUUCCUACAAAUCAUAAUAAAUGGACAAUAAUCAAAAGUA